GCGACAACGACGAGGACGACGACGAGGGCGACAACGACGAGGACGAUCCGUGGCCGCCCGUCGAAAAGGCGCCGUAGCUCCGGUGUGUGUGUGUGUAAGCAGGCCGCGUUUCCCCGCUCCCAUCCCGUGCCCACAGCACCAGGCGCACCGCAACGAGGAAGGAAAUGGCGAUACUGCUCAAGCGCCCGAUCGGGACGCUGGUCGGUGGGCUGAACAGUGCGACGGGUGGUGGCCGUACACCGCUGCUCGGUUCCGGAGAAACAACGGCCAACGGUGGGACCGCCACCGGGACGAUCACGAAUCCGGGUGGUGGCACCACCAGCAGCACCACCACUACCCGCCAAACGCUCACGGUUGUGUUUUUGUGUGUCCUGUGGUACGUGGUGUCGAGCAGCAACAAUGUGAUCGGCAAGAUGAUCCUGAACGUGUUCCCGUACCCGAUGACGGUCACGAUGAUCCAGCUGACCAGCAUCACCGUCUACAGUGGCCCAUUCUUCAACCUGUGGGGCGUCCGGAAGUACGUGGACAUCUCGUGGCGCUACUACAUGAAGUUCAUCGUUCCGCUCGCCCUCGGCAAGUUCCUCGCCUCCGUCACCUCGCACAUCUCGAUCUGGAAGGUGCCCGUAUCCUACGCUCACACCGUCAAGGCAACGAUGCCACUGUUUACCGUGAUCCUGUCGCGGCUGAUCAUGCGGGAGCGGCAGACGAAGGCCGUCUAUCUGUCGUUGGUACCGAUCAUCGUCGGGGUCGGAAUCGCCACGCUGACCGAGCUAUCGUUCGAUGUGAUCGGACUGCUGAGUGCGCUUGCCGCCACAAUGGGCUUCUCACUGCAGAACAUCUUCUCUAAGAAGGUGCUGAAGGAGACGGGUGUGCACCACCUACGGCUGCUGCAUAUCCUUGGCCGGCUCGCCCUCUUCAUGUUCCUGCCGAUCUGGUGCUACGUCGAUCUGUGGAACGUGAUGAAGCAUCCGGCGAUCACAACCGGCGACUACCGUGUGAUAGCGCUGCUGUUCACCGACGGCGUACUCAACUGGCUGCAGAACAUCCUGGCCUUCAGCGUGCUGUCACUGGUGACGCCACUCACGUACGCGGUGGCGAGCGCGAGCAAGCGUAUCUUCGUGAUCGCCAUCUCGCUGUUCGUCCUCGGCAAUCCGGUCACCUGGGUGAAUGUGUUGGGUAUGAUGGUGGCCGUGCUGGGUGUGCUGUGCUACAACCGUGCCAAGUACUUUGCCCGUCGCCACCAAACUCUGCUACCGUACGCCUCCUCCUCCUCCUCCGCCAACACGGUGCGUUAUCAGCCGCUUCCCACAGCCAAGGGUCCUCCGAUGGCACCGUCGCAGAAUAUGCUGCUGGCGGCGAACGAGGCAUUCCUGGGGGGUCUCGGGGGCCCGACCAAUGCCACGCCGACGGCAGCAGCAGGCACGACGACCACCUCCAGCAGCACCAACGGCAUGAUGCCGGCGACGGCUGCGUCGCUAGGUUUACCGACCACAUUCAAUCCCACCAUCAACAAUGCCGCCGGCACCGCCACAGCCACCAGUGCCAACGGAAGGCUACUGUUCGUCUAGACCAUACGGGCUGAGCACAGCGCCGCUGAUCGUACGAUUCCCUAGAUUUCUGUGCUACCGUUAGUUCGUUACUCGUACGGGGUUGCUCAGUAUAGAUAGCGCAGGGAUAACACGGGCUUCGCACGGGCUGCCGGCGUCGCAAUUGGCCUACGGGUCGACGCCGACCUUCCCUAGGAAAGCGGUAAGCGUUUACCGUCGCCUUUCCCACUUGUUUUUUUUUUUUAGUAAAUGCGUAUGCGGAAGGAUUGGCAACCGAGUAUAGUAUAGUAAAAGCGAAGAAGAGCGCUACAGACAGCCUUCCCCGCCUGAGAAGGAAGAAGACUGUCGAGAAACACGUAAAGCAAUCUGGGCCCAAUAAUGGCUCUUAGGAAUAUUUAUAUAUUAUUUAAUCACCCCGCGAAUCCGACGACGGCUACCAUUGCUACUAUAGUUGUUGCAAUUUAGCGUUUAUUAUGUUCUGAAACCGUCCCUUCAUUCCCUUUCCACGCUAAACCAAACAACCGAAAACCUUAAUUGUGGCUUUGUGUUGUCUUUUUUACAACAGUAUUUUCCUUUCCCACGUACGCUUGAUUUUCACGCUGCAGUGAGUUUUGUAACACAUAUUAGUACGGGUUAUGUUUAUUUCGACUUGCUUUUUCGUUUGUCACACUCAACUUGCUCCAUCUCAAAACGCCGCAGAAGGUAGGAUGUUCUGACCGUCUCUUAAACUUUUACUGUGUGUACUCUAAACUGGAAGGUUCGCCAGCGCCACAUCGACCUUCGACAAACACGUGUAAAUAGGCUAGCAAUAGAGCGAACGGACGAACGAGGAUGGAAGGUGAGGGCAAGCUGGGAAGAAAGGCAUCAUUUUGGAUGUUGGCUUAGAGGUAUUAUAGUAGACAAAGUGAACUCAAGCAACGAGAGCGGAAAGUCGAUCCCGAAGCGAAAUCCUCUCUACGACGACACCCCCGAGGGACGAUCAGUGUUGGGUAUGGUUGGUUCGCCUCUGGGCCCCCAAUUUGAGAAUUGUACAUAUGUAGAAAUGCACUCACCUCAUCUCUCAAUCUACAAUCCUUGAGAAGGGGCAGAUUGGAGGUAAACGAAGGUAGCCAAGGGCCGUACAAGAGCUUCAGAAUAGGUAAUUAGUGUGAAACGGAGAUUGUGUAUAAGGAUUCACGGACGCAGAGAAAGGAUCAGCAGCGGGUCCACCGGCUUCACGGCUUCGUCUGCCCCUGUAGCCUUGUAUAGGUAGGAAUCGCUCGGUAGUUCGGUGCUAUGGAUGGGCCCACAAAGAGGGCUCAAUGAGAUGCGAUGAAAUGUGAUCGACGGAGUGGUUAAAACAGGGAGCUCCAGAUCAAUAAAAGUGUUAUCACAGA